ACGGCGGGUUGCUUGAAGGCAGUAUACGAUCUGUUGCUGCUGGCGUUUUUUGGAGGCAGAGUAGAAUCACGGAGACAUGACAGCGAGCAGACUGAGAACAGGGUAGACGAAGUUGGAGACGUGGAGGUCAGUCCGUCUGGGGAACGGACCGAUGUGCAGAGGUCGGCUUGAUUGUUCACGGCAUGACCUUGGAUGUGGAGAGCAGCCGUCUGCUGACUGACAGCCACAGUGCCGAAGGUGAAAAUGGACCAUUGAUAGUCAAGUGUUUACGAAUGCGCCUGUUAGCUAGUGAAAAGACAAUUGAAAACAAGUCCGCCAAGGCGUGUUACUCCACUCGCUCCGCUUGGAAUCGGGCUUUGUGCCCCGAAGAACCCUCCGCUCUCGGGCUGGCUAGAAGAUUCCACAGGAGGUUGGCGGGAAGGUUGGUGAGGCUCUACCUUGGUCAACGCCUUGGCAUGGCGGUUGGACGCCUGGACGCGCUCUCGUGCUUCUUGGCGGCAAUUCUCUCCGACUCGUAUACGUACUUGUUCGCCGCGUUUUCCAUCUUUUGUCUACCCCGUCCUCCACAUGCCCCAGACUUAGCGGGUACCCCAGAUACACUUGCCGUUCGCUAG